AUGUCGGCGCUUCCCCAGCAACAGUACAGUGGUUUAAAAGCUACUUGUCAGAUCGCUUUCAGUCCACCCGCAUCAACUCCGCCCUAUUUGUUCCACUACCAAUCACUCACGGAGUACCCCAAGGUGCGACGCUUUCACCAUUAUUAAUGAUCUUCCCUCCGUAUCUCGUGACUCCAGCCUUGAAUCGUACGUUGAUGACUCGAAAGUUCUCCUCUCCUUCCCGUUACGUUAGAUUGGUGCAGCAAAUGCAAAUCUCGAGCAAGACCUACACAGAGUUGCAAGUUGGUGCUGUGAAAACCUCCUUUUAAUUAACCCGGGGAAAACAAAGUACAUGAUCAUUGGAACAAAGCAGAUGAUGAGCAAACUACCUACAGACACAUCAGUUUCAUUUUUGGGCAAGUCUCUUAAACCAGUGGACUCUGCUAAAGAUUUAGGGGCCACAUUAGAUAGACACCUAAAUUACGACAAACAUGUCUCGCUUCUUGUCUCGUCGUGUAUGAACAAAUUAUGCCAGAUAAAUCGUGCCAAAAAUAGUUUCGACACAAAAACUUUAUCGAAAGUCACUUCAUCCUUGGUCAUCAGCAAAAUGGUUUAUUGUUCUUCGGUGUGGUCGAAUACGUCUGCCUCCAAAGGGAAAAAAGUUCAGUCGAUCCAGAACUUUGCUUGCAAAAUCGUCACGAAAUCCAAGAAGUAUGACCACGUAACUCCACUUCUACGUGAAUUGAAUUGGCUCCCAGUAGACAAACUACUAUAUUUUAGAGACGCCAGUUUGACCUAUAAAUGUGUGAAUAACCUAGCACCCGACUACCUUUGUAACAAAUUGAUAUAA